UUCAACGGUGACAACGACAAGCCAAGCGCAAGACGUUUCGCGGAGUCAGGCGCAAAUCAAGCUAACGUUUUGGAGGGAAAAUUAACAGUCUCGCAUUUUACUUUAAGUUUCGGUGGGUUGAUGUCCACUUACACAUCACCAUAUCCAUAACAUAUUAAUUAUUUAGUUACGUGAGCGACUCAAAAUGUCUCAGACCUCAAUAACAGCGUUUUUUAACAGUAGAAAAAGACCUGCCACUGAAGAUAUCUUUACCACGAAAAAUAAGAAGUUACUCAUAGAAAAGUCAGGUAUUAAAUCUCCUAUUGUAAUCCCUGGUAAGUCAUGUGAACUCCUAGACAAUUUAAAGGCAAAGAGUUCUAGCAUACAAGCUCCUAAAGCUGCUGCGACUACAGAAGAAAAAUGUGUGCUAAAACUGCCGAGUGCCAGUGUUACGCAGCCCACCUCCUCAAAACCAAAAGAGGCCGAACAGAAGCCAGCUGCAGCGUUCGGGAAGAAAAUAAAUGCAAACAAUGUUGUAAAACCAAAAGCAGCCACCAGUGCUGAAGGUGUCAAUGUGGCUCGUAAAGAGCUAAGUCUCGGCGACAUCAGGAAGAAGCUCGCGGGAAGCUCACGGCUCGCCGAGCUCCGCGCCGCCGCCGACCGCGUCUCCCGCGGCAUCCAGCAAGUCAAGCAGACCAGUGAACAGAGAGCCCUCAAGCAGUUUAAGUCCAUUGAUGUGGAAGUACCCACCAGUCCCAGCAAGAGAUUGCUUCACAAUGAGCUGCUGUCUCCUAAGAAGGCUGAGAAGAAUGCGGUGGAGCAGCAGCGGCCCCUCAUGUCCCCCAGGAAGGUGUUUGUCAGCCCCAUCAAGAGCCCAAGCAAGGUUCCAGCAUACAUCAGGCACGCUUCACUGGCAUCCAGCACCAGUCUUCCUCUCCCCCACCAGUACCGGUUCCUCGCUGAGCUGUUCCGAGGCAUGGAGACUGUUGUUUCCCUCCUUUACAACAGAAAUGAAAAGAUAACAUUUGCCAAGCUGAAGCCCUCAGUCCAGGAGAUGUUGAAGCGAAACUUCACAGAGAAGCAUCUCGCCCAAAUCAAACAAUUAGUGCCUGAUUUCUAUAACUUUGAAGUCCAAAAAGUUAAGCUAAUCAACACUUCAUCACAAAAGGAGUCUUACGAAAUGGUAGUGACUCCAAACUUCCCCAAUGACAUCAAGGCCAUGAACCCCACGGUGCUGCUCGAGCGGCGCCGGUUCUUCUACGACACGCUGCUGCAGCUCGCCAAGCGGCACCACUCCCAGUACCUGCUCACGCUCGACCCGCCCAUGGUCAUCGCCGACGACAAGCUCACGCGCUGGCAUCCCGAGUUCGAGCUAGAAAAGGUGCCAGACGUGGAAUGCGCUAAGCUUCCAGAGAUGCCAAACGCCGAAAAGUACUCAACAGCACAAGAUGUGCUGUCUAAGGCUCGUGAACUAUUCAAAUGUAACACUAAGAUGGAGAGGGCUUUGGAGAAGUUAUCUCAGGCUAAAGCUCGCGGGCUCACCGAACAAGAGAAGGCCGCGACCGGGAUCGACGGCAAGCCGGCCGGGACAUCCACCGGCACACAGACCAGUGCUCCUGUUAAAGAGGUUCCUAUACUGAACCCGGCGCUGCGCAACCUGCCCACUGCGCUGCUGGAGAAGGUCCGCGCGAAGCAGGCGGCCAAGGCGCUGGAGCAGAUGACGCGGUCCAGCGAGCAGGACCACAAGUACAUGAUCUACACGCGCCUGCCCGACCUCGCACGGACUCUGAGAAACAUCUACGUCACAGAGAGGAAGAACGUACUUGCCCUUAACAUUGUCCUCUCCAAGUUAGACAGUAGUUUUAAGGCGAACGUCUCCGCUAGCGACCUGCAAAGGGACAUCAAGGUGCUCUGCGAGGAAGCCCCCGAGUGGGUCAAACUGCAUGACAUCCGGAAUACUUCCUACCUAAAGUUAGACCGCAAUGUUGACUUGAAGACAGUCGUGUCCAAACUAGAGGCUCUGGCUGACAAGUACAAAGGAGACUAGAACUUGACCUACUUAAAAUUAUGCAUAAGACUGAUAGGUAAAGUUAACUGUUUGACCUUGAUAAUUUAUAGCAAUAGUUUUUAAGUGACACGCAUAUCGUUAAGGUAUUUUGUUAGAAAUAUCUAGCUAGUAUUAAUGGAUUGAUCGGACAGGAACAAUUUAACUUUCAUAUAUAUUUUAAUGAUCAUGUUAAAUGUAUUUUUCCCGACAUUUUCUCAAUUUGGUAAGUUAGACAUGUUGAUUUUAAUUAUUGUGUGUAACAAUUAACGUUUUUUUUUCUUUUCUACUCUUAUUUUACUGUGUGGUAUUGCUUCUUUGAUAAA